UUUCACAAUUGAAAUCCAAGCUCUUAACUUUAAACAAUUUCAUGCCAUUUUUAAUUGUUCGAUAUUGCGCUCAACUUUUAUCCUCGAUGCGCUCUCAUUCCAUCUCAAUCGCAAUUAUUGCUCCCAUGCCGUCGCCUUAAAAAGGGGCAGAUAAAGAGGCGCCAGGAAUUGACUGGCGUACUUGUCAAUCUGAUAAGGAGACCCGUAAGCACAUGGUGGAGGCUAUGAGUGAUGGUGAGAGUGAUGACGGCAAGCGAGCGUCGAAAAAGCGCAAGGCUAGCCGUGCUUGCGACCGAUGCAACUCACAGCAUCAACCAUGCGAUAACGCCGCCCCCAAGUGCAGUGUGUGCGUACGAGCUGGCACAGAAUGUACUUACAAUAGACCCAUUCGAAAGAGAGGUCCUCGUAGUGGUUACACCGGCCAGAAUGGCGAACGCUUAUGGGCCAUAGUUCUCCAGGCUAGGCCCGAGCUUGAAGAUGUUGUCCUGCAAGUUCUGCGUGCCGGCACUUUCGGAAAUACCGGCGUUUCUAAUUUGGAUUACUUCAAAAACAACGAUAAUCAAGCUGAACUUGUUAAUUCUUUCAAUGAGAGUCGACUCGGCAGAUUCUUGCAAAAUGGCGAAACCCCUGACCUGUUUUUACCCUCUAUGGACCAGCGUUUUUCGCCAGUGAUCGCCCAAGUACGCAGCGAGCUGGGCUUUACCCAACCUUCGAAUGCUCACCGUCAGCUUGAUAUGGCUGCGGGUAUGUCUGGUAGAUCCAAUCGAUCGGGUUCAUCAUCUGCUUCAGUACCCCAGCCCUCCCCAGCAAACCCGCACGGCGCACCACAGGAUCCUAGUGAUAUAUAUAUCCAAAGCGAGGAUAUCCGAAAAAGCGUUUUCAACCCUGUUCAAAACCAGACGCAGACUUAUAAUUCGGAUUUUACAGAUGAUGGAAUCCGGGAUUUCAGCAUGGGCCGUGCACAAUCCAUCUUGACCGCUCUCCAGGGCACAACUUCCUUUGGAUCGAACGGCUCCGCCAACGGUUACACGAAUAGUUCGCAGCGUAUGAGCGAACGUAUAGUACCUGAAAGACGCAUGAGCGUCAAUCCGUCAGUUAACACCUCCGAACAUUCACAACAACCCGAAUCGAAUAAUAAAUCCACGAUGGCACAUGGAAUCGACCAGCUCCAUUUGGAUGAAACUUCUCGAUGGCUUGAUUCCACACCAUUCGAUACCCUCGAAAACCUCGGCUUCGCCCCCGGGGAACGCAUGACAAAAGAUUUCAUCGAGUUAUGCGAGAAUCCCGAUCCGGUCGACCACACUCCUGCCGCCUCGGCUGACCAAGAUGAGGAUGAAGAGGCUGUCUGGCGACGCCUUGUUAUGCGGGGUAGAUUUAUAUGACGCCGGUGGUGGCCUCCACUUUCAGCUGCAAGGGAGAUGUAAGGCAGCCACGCAAACUUCGAUUUACUCCAUGUAUAUCGGGCGGCUACUCGGAAAUUAAUCUAGGCGUGAUGGUGAAUUCAAAUCGCGAUACCCUUUUUGUGGCGAUCUUCUAGGAGUUACAUAUGUCAGGGCCAUUUCACUCCGAGUUCCUCGGAAGCUCAUGAUAUUCUAUUCGUAAUAGCCGAGUGGGAUUGGUCUAUCGGUCGCACGAACUGACUUCAAGCUAGUUCACAGUUGAUUGGAUGUGAUAUAUGACGCUUGAGGUGGGUAGGACAGCCAGGUUUGAGAUGAAUGUCUCAGUGGGCCGCCGGUUUCGCGGUCCGGAGUUUAGCUGCUCGCAGCAGGGCACACCACACAUAUAUGCUAUCAUAAUAAUGAAAAUCGAGUUAUGACAAUGUGACACAAAAAAUAAAGCAUUACUUAUAAGUGGAAACUACCAAUCGUCGAAGGACCUCAGCCGGGAGGCCGCAUAACCGCGUCAUUUAUGAUACA